AUGUCGCAUGAGCUCCUGAUGAUCCCCUGGGAGGCGCGUAAGGCGAAGGCAGUGUUUUCUCAAUCUCGUGCCUCUCAUCUAGCUGCUGAAAUUCCUAUGCAAAACAUAUUUCAUGACCGAAGGCGUGAAGGUGGCCAGAAUGGCCGAUGCAUCGGCGGCGGUUUUGGUGGUGAUUCGGGUGAAGGUGCCCAGAAUGGCGACGUCGUCUGCGGCGGCUUUGGCUGUGGAGACCGCUCGCCCUCUCUCCACGAAACCAUCAGGGCCAUGCAGCAGCUCCCCUGCGGGAAAGCAUCCGAAUCGGACGCGUUCCCUUUUGAUAUCUACAAGCACGUUGGCCCCCAACUUAUGGAACACCUGACGGUGCUUUUUCAAGAGAUGUGA